CAAACCCAAAAUCGUUGACCGGACCUGAAGGAAAAAGCCGAAUUAAACACCCCUACUUGACAGAUUGCAAGUCGAGGAAGUGACCAUCUGCUCUGCUCUCCUGAUCUCCUCGACUCCUCCGCCUCCCAACCAACCACGCCCGGCGCGUCUGCCCGCCUGCAGCGAUUGCCGCCAUGCCCGAAGAUGCCGCGCCAAUAGCCCCCGCCCCCGCUUCUGAUCCUACCGCUGGUUCUAGUGAUGAUGAGAUAACAGUAGAGGAUGCUCCUUUUGCGCGUACUGAACUCCCCCAAGAUGGCAGUGCCCCACCUGUCGUAACAACUGAUAUGGAAGUUCUCCAUGAUAAAGUUAAGAAGCAAGUCAUUAAAGAAGGCCAUGGGAAGAUACCCUCAAAAUUUUCUACGUGCUUUGUGCAUUACAGAGCAUGGGUACAAAGCUCUAUGCAUAAAUUUGAGGAUACCUGGCAAGAACAGCAUCCAGUUGAAAUUGUCAUCGGAAAAGAGAAAAAGCAAAUGUCUGGUUUGGGUAUUGGUGUUGGUCACAUGAAAAGUGGGGAACGUGCACUGUUGCAUGUUAGCUGGGAGCUAGGCUAUGGGAAAGAAGGAAGCUUUUCAUUCCCGAAUGUCCCUCCAUCAGCAGACCUUAUAUAUGAAGUUGAACUCAUUGGUUUUGAUGAUGCUAAAGAGGGAAAAGCUCGUAGUGACAUGACGGUAGAAGAGAGGAUUGAAGCAGCGGAUAGGAGGAAGCUUGAGGGCAACGAUUACUUUAAAGAGAAGAAAUUUGAGGAGGCUAUGCAGCAAUAUGAGAUGGCUGUUGCGUAUAUGGGAGAUGAUUUCAUGUUUCAGUUGUUUGGGAAGUACAGAGAUAUGGCUUUGGCUGUGAAAAACCCGUGCCAUCUCAACAUGGCUGCUUGCCUGAUCAAACAAAAGAGAUUUGACGAAGCUAUCGCACAGUGUAGCAUUGUGCUGUCAGAGGACGAAACCAACGUGAAAGCGCUGUUCAGACGUGGAAAAGCUAGAGCCGAGCUCGGCCAGACAGAAUCAGCGAGGGAGGACUUCCUGAAAGCCAAGAAACACUCCCCGGAAGACAAGGAGAUCAUGCGGGAGCUUCGGUCGCUGGCGGAACAAGAUAAAGCGAUGUACCAGAAGCAGAGGGAGCUAUACAAAGGUCUGUUUGGGCCGAGGCCUCAGCCCAAACCCAAGGCCAAAAAUUUCGCCGUCCUCUUCUGGCAGUGGCUGGUGUCACUGGUCCGUUAUCUUGCCACGAUGUUCACGGGCAAGAAUGACUAGGAUGGUCGUUGUGAGUCUAGGUGACUCUGAUGCAAGUGCUACUGGCGACAUACCGACACGACAAGGGAAAACCUGAUGAUAUAUCUAUAGCUUGUGGUUAAGAGACAACCUUCCUCUAUAUAUACUUGAGUAUAAUUGUUUUGGUA